GAUGAAGGAAAAUUGAAAAGAAACCAGUUGAAUGUUGUAAAAGUGAGACAUAAAACGCAAAUUGUUAAAACUUCAUUACAAAAUUAUGAAAUUUUUGUUAAUAAAAACAAAACAAAUUGACAAAUUUUACUAUAAACAUAUUACAUAAUAUACGUACUUAAAAAGACGAAUAAAAUUUAAAUGAAAUAAACAAAAAUAUAAACAAUUUAAAAACAAAACAAAGUAAUUGUUUCUGUCGCUAACAAGAAAAACUAACACAAGCAAAUUUUAAAAAAGAAAGAAGAAUAAUGAAAAAGGCAAAACAAAUAAAUGAAGACGAGUGAAAAAAUUUACUUAAAAUAUAAUGAUUUGAUAAUAACUUCUUAUAACAUAUAGAAGAAAAUCAAUUAAUAAAAAAAGAAAAUAUUGAAGUAAACAAUUGAUUGAUUGUACAAUACAUUGUAUGUAUGGAUGAAUGUGUAUAUGUAUGAAGAAACAAAAAAAAAAAACAGAAGUAAAAGAAAAUAAUAAAAGACGUGUGAGCGCUACUGACAGUGACGUAUUUAGUAAAAUCGUGCCGUGUAUAUUUGUUUUUGUACAAUAAAUUAUUAUACUUUUGUAUUUAUAUGUAUGUAUAGAUGUGUGUGUUUAUAUAUCUCUUUCAAUUAGAGAAAAUAAAUAUUAAUAAAAAUACAUAACAAGGAAGUUAAAAAGGAAUUAUAAAUAAGAAGAAGCAGAAGAUUUGGUGCUGCUGCUUUUUUGUGCAAAUUCACAUUUUCAAUUUACUUUUAUUUUAUUUGUUAUAUGGAAAUCAAGUGAGUGAUAGAUAGAUAUGUGUAUACUACGGUGAAAAGCAAAAAAAAAGGAAAAAUAAAUUCUUAAACGAGAUUUUUCUUUAAGCUUUUUUUAUUUUUGCUAAAAAUAGCAACAGUUUUUCUUGCAACAAUUUUUGUUCUGCCACUUUUUUUGGGCUAAUAAAUGUAACCAAAAAACAAAAUACAUACUUUUUUCAAUACAAUUUUGAUUUACAUUAAGAAAAAUAAACGAAUUGCAACAAAUAUUUAAGUUUAUAAAUAUUUCAAAUAUUUUUUCUAAAAAAAACGUGUUUUAAUAAAGUGAAAUCUUAAAAAAAUAUCAAAAACAUUAAAAGUGUACGUGUGAGUGUGUGUACAAUAUGCUACUGAAAUUUACUAAAACAAGUGGAACUGGAGCUGGUUCCAGUUCUUCCACAUCAUCAUCUAGCAUGGCUGGGACUUACAUUGCUCGUGGAACAGGUAUGCGUACCACAAUGUCUACCAUGUCCACAAUGAGCCCGCGUAUACAUCGUAAAGGUUUUCGAACCCCCUCAAAAAGACAUCCCGGCAAAGCUUUUCCCGGUAAACUACAUUCAGUUUCAAGGGUAAGUUUUUUACAGAAAACAUGGAAGAAAUUCUUUUAUAACUUUAUCAAUCAUAUUGGAAUUGCAAUGAAAUUUAUGGAUUUAAUACAUAUUUUAAUAUUUUUGAAACAUUUUAAAUAUUCUAGUUCAGUUUUAGAGCAGUCCUAG